AUGCGACUGCCAUGUGCCCCUAGCCGUGCACUGAGAGCAGUCCGGACGCCAUUGACGUUCGCCCGCAAUGGCCAGAAGCACUCACUGCAUACUGGCACUUACAACGCUGCGGUUAUAGGAGGUGGCAUCACAGGUCUCGCGACGGCCUUCCGCUUGUCGCAGGACCCAAAAUGCACCAAGAUCACUCUGUACGAGAAAGAACAGCGGGUCGGGGGCUGGAUGAUGUCGCAGACCGUCCCCCUCGGCGACAAUGAUGGGAAAGUUGUGUUCGAAUAUGGGCCAAGGACCCUGCGGGCUGCGACUCCCGCGUGUCUCCCACUUCUUGACUUGCUGGUCGAGCUAGAACUACUCGAGGAUGUGUUGAUCACGAGCAGGUCCUCCCCCGCGGCCCAAAAUCGCUACAUUUACUAUCCCGAUCACCUUGUUCGCAUGCCGGGCCGGGAUCCCAGCCGUAGCCAGUUCUCAGAACUCUACUCGAACUUUCGGGCACUGCUUACGGAACCUGUAUUUGACAAACUCGUGCGAAGUGUCUUGACAGAGCCAUUGAAGCUGCCCCCGGAGCACAAGUCUCUUGAUUCCGACGAGUCUGUGAGGGAGUUUAUUUCUCGGCGAUUUGCCCCCGAGAUCGCAGACAACAUAGUCUCAGCCGUGUAUCAUGGUAUAUACGCCGGCGAUAUUGACCGGCUGAGUGCGCAGACCCUGCUGGGAACCUACAGGGACCUUGAGCAUGAUGACCGCGGCGUGCUUGUGGGCCUUUUACAUGCAUCCACCCUUGAUAUCACGUACAAUCUGAUGGAUGAUUGGCUGGCGCUACACUCGCAGGCUGCGACAAAGCAGAAGAGCUAUUGGAGUAGUCUGAAGACGCUGGUCAGAGACGCUAGUGUUAUCACGUUGAAAAACGGCGUGCAGCAGCUUACUGAUGCCUUGGCUGCGGCGUUACGCAAAUGCAGGAAAGUGGAGUUAUUGACUGGUACAGAGGUGAAGGCUAUUAGCACAAAUCCAGUCAACUCUGAUCUGACCAUCCACUUCGGAGAGAAGAAGUCAAAUACCCAUAACCGUGUGAUUGCAACGAAUCCGCCCCCCAACCUGGCACAGCAGUUGGCCAAGCCUACGAGGUCGGGACAGAAGUUGCCUCAAAACUCGAUUCGCCAACUGCAAGAACACAACUACGCCGUGAGUGUGAUGGUUGUCAACCUUCUGUAUGAGAAUCCCAAUCUACUCCCUGUCAGCGGAUUCGGCUACUUGAUCCCGCGGUCGGUUCCAUUCGAACAGAAUCCCGAGAUGGCCCUAGGUGUGAUCUUCGGUUCCGACUCUAGUGUAGGUCAGGACACUGCGCCGUGUACCAAGCUCACCGUAAUGCUGGGCGGGCACUAUUGGGAUGGUUGGAAAAAGACAGACUACCCAGACGGGGAGACCGCCAUUCGGAUGUGCCAAACCCUGCUCCAGAGACAUCUUGGCAUCACCGACCAGCCUCUCCAGGCUGCUGUCAAAAUGCAGCAUCAAGCUAUUCCCCAGUACACGGUCGGUCAUCUAUCACGCAUGCGGGACCUUUCACAAACAGUGCGCCAGGACUUCAAUAAUCGGUUGACUCUUGCUGGAAAUUGGUAUAAUGGCGUGGGGGUGACGGAAUGUGUUCGGCAGGCGUACAUGGCUGCGUCGUACGGUGUUGGCGCACUUAAGCUCGAUGCACCGAGUAGUGAUGUCCCGUGGAUAAAGUACCACUGGCAGGACUGGGAAUUAGAGGGCGGUAUACCGACCUCUCCUGUGCGAAUGGCCGAGACGUUUAGGGCGGAACGCAAUCAUUUCCUCUAG